UUCUCGGAUAAAGAGAUCUCUUCUGUGGCUGUGGAGGGGGUAGAGGUUGCCCUUCGAUCGUUUCGGCGGCACUGGCCGAAAAACGAAAUGUCUUCUUCGCACCGUCGCGUUUAUCAUUUCAGAUAAGAGUAGACGACGCGAGGCGUAGUAAUUUAAAAAAUUGCAAAGAGAAGAAGACGGAGGAAAGGGGGGAUUGGUCGCGGCGUUGACACGUUUCCGCGUAAAGCGAUAAUGUUUGCGGUCAUUAUGAAUCGAAAGGAAUCGUGGUGGUAGUCGGCGAGCGAAAACCUAGCUACGAAGAUGUUGGUUGUGAAUCGGUAUCGUUCAUCCUCAGUCAUCCUCGGGAUUGGUUUGUUAACGGUGGUGACGAUCGUUGGGAUAAACGCGAUCGACGAGGAUUCGUCGAAUGUCGGGGAAACGAAGGGAAAAAGAACGCGCGUCCCGUUGUGUUGCCCGGACGCGAGUCGUCUCACGAGCACACGAUGCGUCCAAACGAACGACACCUUCCCUUUUCCGCCGCUUUACGAUUCCCGCUUGCUCACCUUGAUCAACCAAAUACCGGACCGACACCGCGACUUGGAUCUCUACGUUCGAAAUCCCUGCGAAGGCGGUCAACGUUAUCAACUCAGUCCGGACAGGUAUCCGGACGAUGCGUUCAUGCUUCUCGACAAUGGUACCAUCUACAAGCAGAACGAGAAGACGAUCCUCCAAGAGAGGGAAUAUUGCUUCGGCGUUGUCGACACCGACGCCUAUAACGUGAUCCUUUGCUUCGAUUUCGAAGAUGAUCAGGCAGACACGGAGAAAAUCACGGUAGUCUUUCCCGUCGGAUUGAUCGUCUCGGUGCCAUUCCUCUUCGUCACCUUUCUCGUCUAUACGCUCCUACCGGAGUUAAAAAACAUGCACGGUCGCACUCUUCGCGGAUACAUCGGCUCUCUACUUGUCGCCUAUGUGGUACUUGCCGUCGUACAGAUCUCUCCGCAGGAGCAAAUCUCAGAUCCCUUGUGCAUCGCUUUCGCGUUCGUUAUCCACUUUUCCUUCUUGGCUAGCUUCUUCUGGCUAAACGUCAUGUGCUUCGAUAUUUGGUGGACAUUUGGAGGUUUCCGAUCGCUGCAGGGCAGCGUAAAGCAAAGGGAGCGCAAGAAAUUUUUAAUAUACUCCAUUUAUGCUUGGGGUUGUGCAUCGGUUCUUACCGGAAUCUGUGUCAUCAUGGAUUUCCUUCCCGACAUCCCGGAAUAUUUUAUCAGACCGGAAUUCGGCACGCAAAGUUGUUGGUUCACGACGGAUAAAGCAAAGGCGAUAUACUUUUAUGGUCCUAUGGGCGUCACCGUACUUUGUAACAUAUGUCUUUUCGUCUCCACUGCGUUGAAGAUCGUGCGACAUAAAAAGGAUACGGCUCAUCAUCUGAAAAGCAUGGACAGUAGGCGCCACGACGACAAUAAACAAUGGUUCAAUUUAUACUUGAAACUGUUCAUCGUAAUGGGCAUUAAUUGGUCGAUGGAGAUAAUAUCGUGGCUGUGCAACAACUCACCGACGUACAUUUGGUACCUUACAGAUCUUACCAAUACCUUGCAAGGUGUAAUCAUUUUCUUGAUUUUCGUUUGGAAGGAUAAAAUCAGACGGUUGCUCGUAAAAAAGUUCACUUGUCACCAAAGUAACAUUUUAUCCAGAAACUCUACUCGCAGUGCUUGCCAUAGUUCAGCGGCCUCUCGUACCUGCACGACAUCGGCGACACCGGUUCAGGAGAAGAUCACAGUUUAUUCCAACGAAUCUUCUCACGGCAGAGCAACGUUUAAUAAUUAACCGGUGAGAUUAGAACGGGCAGCAAUGUUCAAACAUGUUGUAUGUUGCACGCACGAAUGCGUGAAAGAAAAUCUUGAAUGAACGAAGAAGAAGGAACGAAAGGAAAGCGAAGAAAUUUACGUUGAGAAAUUAGUGUAUUUUCUUCUUCUUCUUUUUUUUAUUUUUUAUACCGCACAUGCUAUUCGAUUGAUACUCGAUGGAAAGGUCGGUCGA